GAGCAAACGAGUUGAAGCCUGCUGCAUUAGUCGACACCCGGCAAGCGCGCGCGACAUAAUUCGCAAAGGCUCGGCGCAGCGAACUGGUGCCGCGGAAGCCCCCUCGGAUAGCCACAAACUGCAAGCCAGCAUCGCUGCGCAAAGAUGAGCGCCAUGUCCGCCGCCUCACCUCUACACAACCGUAACAUUGGUUUUAUUGGAGCGGGCGCCAUGGCGAGCGCCAUUAUCAAAGGACUGCUCGCAAGCGGCAUCUCGCCAGGACGCAUCAGCGCCAGUGAUCCCUGGGAGCCGGCGCGCGCCAAGGCCAAAGCUCUAGGCUUGAACGUGACUGGUAAUGCGGAGGUCGCCAUCGUGUCCGAAAUAAUAGUGGUCGCCGUCAAGCCGGACGUCGUCGCCUCAGCGUUAGCGCCCUUGGAACUGCGCGGCAAAUUGGUCGUGUCGAUCGCAGCUGGCGUGCCGCUCAUGGCCAUAGAAAUCGCGGCCGGCAACGGCGCGAGAUGCGUCCGGACCAUGCCCAAUACUCCUUGCUUAGUUGGUGAAGCGGCGGUGGGAGUAGCAAGGGGCACGACAGCUACUGAUGCUGAUGUCGCGACGGCCAUGGCACUAUUCAGAGGUGUGGUCGUCGAGGUCCCCGAGAAGCAGCUCAACGCUGUUACAGCUGUGAGUGGUUCCGGACCGGCCUACAUCUUCUUGCUCAUCGAGGCCCUCGCGGACGGGGGCGUGAAGGCGGGCUUACCGCGCGCCACCGCUCUCAAGCUAGCAGCUCAAACGGUAAAAGGAGCGGCCGCCAUGCAGCUCGCCACGGGGACGCACCCCGGCCAGCUCAAGGAUCAGGUCUGUUCUCCUGGAGGGACCACGAUCGCCGGCGUGGCCGCUCUCGAGGAAAACGGCUUCCGCCACGCGGCCAUCUCGGCCGUGACGGCGGCGAAGGCGCGCGCCGACGAGAUGAGCGCGUCCGUCGCCAAGUAGUCUAUCGCUCGCUCCGCUCCGCUCGAGCACAAAUGCGGACCUCGCGGCGCGUACAAUACCCGCCGGUCC